CUCACUCCUCACACCACCACCACAUCUCCACUCUACAAUGGCUCUCUCCAGCAGAUCUGCUCUCCGUGCCCUGCGGGCGUCCAAGGUAAGUCAUUUGCAAGCUGCCCUUGGUGUGCCGCUGCUUCUUCCCACGGCCAUUGGCUUUCACAGACGGCGAAACAGGCGGUCCCCGGAUUCUGCCCGAACAUGCUCCUGACUUCACGGACCUCUGCAAAUCUCUGCUCUCUCACAGCACUCUCACUGACACCCUGUCUGAAAGCUCGCACAGACGGCCCCGGCCCUCAGCAAUGCCUCGCGCGGCUAUGCCACCUCCGAGCCGGAUCUCAAGACGGUGCUGAAGAGCGUCAUCCCCGAGAAGCGUGAGCUCUUGAAGAAGGUCAAGGCUCAUGCCGGCAAGACCAUUGGCGAGGUCAAGAUCGAGAACACCUUGGGUGGCAUGCGCGGUCUCAAGGCCAUGGUCUGGGAGGGGUCCGUCCUCGAUGCCAACGAGGGUAUUCGCUUCCACGGCAAGACCAUCAAGGACUGCCAGGCUGUUCUCCCCAAGGGCACCUCCGGCACGGAGAUGCUCCCGGAGGCCAUGUUCUGGUUGUUGUUGACCGGCCAGGUGCCCACAACCAACCAGGUGCGCGUCUUCUCGAGGGAGCUCGCCGAGAAGGGUCAGCUUCCCGCGUUCGUCAACAAGAUGCUCGACGACUUCCCCAAGGACUUGCACCCGAUGACACAAUUCGCCUGCGCCGUUUCUGCGCUCAACUACGAGAGUGUCUUCGCCCGUGCCUACGAGAAGGGUCUCAACAAGGCCGACUACUGGGAGCCCACCUUCGACGAUAGCAUCAGCCUGCUCGCCAAGCUACCCACCAUCGCCGCCAAGAUCCACCAAAACGCAUACUGUGGCGGAGGAGCUUUACCUGCAGAGAUCGACCUCAACCAGGAUUGGUCCUACAACUUCGCCGCGAUGCUCGGCAAGGCCGGCAAAGAGAAUGAGAACUUCCAGGAUCUGCUCCGUCUGUACCUCGCCCUGCACGGUGACCACGAGGGAGGCAACGUCUCGGCCCACGCCACCCACCUGGUCGGAUCCGCUCUCAGCGACCCCUUCUUGGCAUACUCCGCCGGUCUGCAGGGUCUCGCAGGACCUCUGCACGGUUUGGCCGCCCAGGAGGUUCUCCGCUGGAUCCUCCAGAUGCGCGAGCACGUCGGCGACGGCGCCAGCGACGAUGCCGUCCGCGACUACCUCUGGAGCACGUUGAAGUCCGGCCGUGUGGUCCCCGGAUACGGCCACGCCGUCCUGCGCAAGCCCGACCCGCGAUUCGAGGCCCUCAUGGACUUUGCCCGCGCGCGCCCUGAGAUCGCCGAGGACCCCGUCUUCCGCCUGGUCGCACAGAACAGCGACAUUGCGCCCAAGGUCCUGACCGAGCACGGCAAGACCAAGAACCCCUACCCCAACGUCGACUCGUCCUCGGGCGUGCUCUUCCACCACUACGGCUUCCACAACACCCUGUACUAUACCGCGACCUUCGGUGUCAGCCGUGGUCUCGGCCCUCUCGCACAGUUGAUCUGGGACCGUGCGUUGGGACUCCCGAUCGAGCGACCCAAGAGCAUUGACUUGAAGGGUCUGUUGGCUCUGGCCGAGGCGUAGAGAGGAGAGGCGCUGUAUUUUCCAUAUAUUCCGCGCUCGAGUUGGCUACUAUCAUGACAUGUCGUCAUAUGAUUGAAAUGAUAUGUGAAAUUUUCCUACAUGUAUACACCCCGAAAA